AUGAUUCAUCAAGAAAAUUAUUUAACAUAUCUUCCUCAUAGUGGAUUUCAUAAUCAAAGAAUUGCAUUAGAAAAUGCGGUAUUUUUAGCAUGGUUCUUAAAUAGAACUUUGAUAAUUCCGCCUCUCUUAAUGUAUAAAAGCCGUGCAUUAAUCCCAAUAGGAAGAUCAUUUGAAGAUCUAUACAAUCGUUUAUCAAAACAUACAGUAUGUAAAAAUAAUAGCCUAGAAAAUUGCCAGGCAGAAUCUUACAUUAGGUACAAUUGGGAAGAAUUAAUGGAUUUUACAUUUUUAAAACAAAAUAUUAAAUACAUUUAUCGUCAAGAUUUUAAUUUCAAUCACUUAAUAGAAUCACUUUAUAUUAAUAAUGAUGCCGAAAUUUAUAAUAUAUCUAAUAGCAGAGAACAACAAUAUUGUGAUUAUAAUACCUCUAAAUUCCAAAAGUGCGUAAAUUUAGUCGAAUUAAGACGAAGAUCAGAAAAAUUAUUACAUUUCGGAAGUGUAUUUUCAUCGCACAAAAUUAUUGCAACAUUACCCGAAAAUAGAAAUUUUAAAACCAAAUUAAAACAGAUGAUGCUACCAAAUAAUCCAACGAUACUUAGCAUUGCAAAUAAAAUUGUUGAUAAAAUUGGUGGGACGAAUAGUUUUAUUGGUGUGCAUGCUAGAUUAGGUGAUAGUAUCUUUUUAAAGCAUCAAAAUAUGACAGUACAAAAUCUCAUUGAAACAAUUCAAAAUGAUUUUAAGGACAUCGAUAUAAAAGAUGGCAGUGCUUGUUUACCAACAAAAAUAUUUCUAGCAACAGAUAAACGUGAUAGCGAAUCCCUUCGAUUAUUUUUUCAAACUUUUCCGUGUGUUCAUAUGCUAAAUGAUUUUGAUGAUUUAUUAGAACCUUUAAAAUCUUUAAAAAACCCUAGUGAUGGUACGAUUAUGUAUGAAUUUCUAAUUCCCUUUGUAGAUUUGCUAGUAGUUUCAAGAGGCUAUAAAUUUUAUAAAACAUCCUCAAGUACCUUUUCGAGGUAUGCAGGAUUUUUAAAUAGAUUAUGGUUAGAUAAUUUAGAAUAG